UAUUUUGAAGAGCAGCUGGCGAGUCAGUCAGAACCUGUUGAACCGCAAAGAUGUCCGGCAGCAAAAUUCCGUACGUGAAGCACAACAACGGCACCCAGAUCCAAGCCAUCGGACUGGGAACCUAUACUUCAUUGGGCGGGGACUGCGAGAAAGCCACUCUCCAUGCAAUCGAUGUGGGCUACCGGCACAUAGACACCGCCUAUUUCUACGAGAACGAGGGCGAGGUGGGUGCAGCGGUGCAGCAGAAGAUUAAGGAGGGCGUCAUCAAGAGGGAGGAUAUACACAUCACCACCAAGCUUUGGAGCCACUUCCAUGAACCGGAAAGGGUGGAGUACGCCUGUCGUAAGACUCUUCAGAAUUUUGGUCUGGAUUAUGUAGAUCUUUACCUGAUGCACUGGCCCUACUCCUAUGUCUACCGGGGUGACAAUGAAAUGAUGCCCACUGAUGCCAAAGGAGAAGUGGAAAUGAGCGACGUUGAUUACCUGGACACCUGGCGUGCCAUGGAAAAGCUGGUGGAGCUGGGGCUUACUAAGAGCAUUGGCGUUUCCAAUUUCAAUUCCGAGCAACUGACUCGCCUUCUGGCCAACUGCAAAAUCAAGCCCAUCCACAACCAGAUCGAAUGUCAUCCCGCUCUGAACCAGAAGAAACUGAUUGCUCUCUGCAAAAAGAAUGACAUUGUGGUGACCGCUUACUGUCCGCUGGGCAGGCCCAACCCUGCGGAAAAGACUCCCAAUUAUAUUUACGAUGCCAAGGUUCAGGCUAUAGGAGACAAGUACAAGAAGUCCACGGCUCAAGUGGUGCUCCGCUAUUUGAUUGAAAUCGGAACUAUCCCACUGCCCAAGUCUUCCAAUCCCAAGCGCAUUGAGGAGAACUUCAAAAUCUUUGAUUUCAAGUUGGAUGCCGAGGAUCAUGCCAUCUUGGAUUCCUACAACACUGGCGAACGUCUGAUUCCCAUGGUCCAUGCCAUCAAAAACAAAAACUAUCCCUUCAGCAUUGAGUUCUGAAAUGGAAAAAGAGCAAUAUUAUAUUAUAUUUGAUAUUUCAAAUAAUUCUUUAUGACUUAUAAAUGUUUUUUGA